GUGCCUACCUAAUGUUCAUGUCAUGUUCUUACCUCUGCCAUCACCCUCGCAUUUGAACCAAUCACGUUACAGAUAUUUCUAAAUACGACAUUCCUUGUUUCUACCCUUUCUCUCUUCACUCUUCACUCUUCACUCUUCACUCUUCACUCUUCACUCCAAACACACGUUCCGAUGCUUAGGCAGCCAAAUUCUUUUGCAGUUUUGGCCAUCAUCCACGAACCACUAACCACCAGCCAUCAACCAUCAACCAUCAACCAUAUCCGUCUCCAUACCCCAGAGUCCAGGUGAUCCCAAUUUACGUACAUGCAUCGUUACCCGGGUAGACAUGGAAAUGUCAGCUCUCCCAGUGUCUACUUCGUAUCUGGUACCCCUUGAUCUCCUUCAUCGCCUUGAUCUCCUUGAUUGCGAAUUGCCUCCAAGGGAUACCAAGCCCUCAGCCACACCAGCCCUACUUUUGAGAACGAUGAGGCUGCAGAGGUGCCAGUAAUCUUGCCUAGGUAAUUCUGACAGCGGAUGACGGAUGACGCCGUAAAUACAAUUCCCCCCAAGACACCCAUUGCUUUCUUGGCCGAUAAGCUUACUUGGCCUUAAGAACGUCCAACGCUUCUCUCUUCUCUCACAUUUCAUACAAGAGAGAUUUCCAUGCAUCUUGAAUUGCCCUAAGGAUAUCUAAUACUAUCAUUGACUUGAUUGCAAGCCGAUGAAUUCGCCUCGUUCGAAAGUAGACAAAAGGUCAUGCCGGCGAUCCCUUUGACCUCAUUGAAUAACACAAUAGUCAAUAAUAACACCGUCACAAAUGCUACAAGUGAUGUAUUGCAAGUCGUAUGCGCAUGGCCUGUAUCUGGUCAGUAUGGGCCAGGUUCCCGGGUUCUAUACUAUGUUCUCGUAGCAGCAUGUGUUUUUCUUCGGAAACAACAAUGGCUGAAAGAAGCUUGUUUGGCAGCUGCAUUGCUUUUCCCCGCCGUUGCUGCACUUCAUGGAAUAGUCCUUGCAGCUGUCCAUGUGGAUGGUGCGGUUGAUAUGGAUAUAUACGGAGCAUUCCAGCUCUGCUCCAUAGGUAUUUUAGCUGCACCGAUAACUGUAAAGCUAUCACGGACAUACUUUUUUGAAACACCUGGCCGAAAUACCAUCUUUCUAUGGACUGGAUUGAUAUUUGCUGGGUUGUUAAGUUUAACUGUGGAAUUCAUUAGGAUAAGCACAAGUCCUUGCUUAACCGAUGGUGACGGACAUCCAGCCUACUUCACUCUAGGAAAUUUUACCUAUGGCUCAACAUGUGGUCUUACUUGCGAUGUCACCUCUGGCCCUUUCUCCCCGCUGCGUGGCGGCUCAGCGAAUAAUAUCUACGUUAUCCCCGCACCGAACAAACUCACCUUCGACACUGUUACUCUUCUCUCGGCCGCAUGCUGCAUUCCUGCUAUACUCUCACUUGUGUCUAUGUGGAAUAAAAUCCGUGAGACGAACUGGAACAAUCGUUUUGGCCAUAAGGAAGAACGGAUCGAUGCGCCGAUCGAGGGCACCAAUAAUGCAACUGUUGGGAAAAUGAAAGAGGUCAACAGCUUGAUUAGGUUCUUCCUAAGCGCUAUCGAAGUUCCCGUAUUCGUAGGCGCGGUGCUGGCUAUUCUUAUUCUUGGUGAGAGGAACUUUUUCAGCCAACAAGUCGCAUAUCAAACUGAGCCCAUAGCAACUAUCGGUCAAUGGGCACCCAUUGUCGGCACUGGACUAGCAGUUUUCGGGUCCUUGUACCGUCUCUUCGCAGCAAAUAUGGAAGCAGACGAAGAGGAAGUAUAUCAAAAUACUUCAAAAGAUCUCGAACUCCAAAAGCGGGGAAUUGGUCUCGGCAUAACCUCAGAGUCAUCGCCAUGUCCCUCUCUGGGUGCCAUUGAAGUGGUGCGCCAAAGUCUUUCGAAUAGUAGCGGAAGAUCUUCUCACGAGAUAGAGCAUCACGAAAUAGCUCAGACUUCAAGUAACCAGCCUUCACUUGGCCUAACCAAACCGUCAUCCGACGUGGGAAACAGACGGAAAGUAGCCAAUGUUUUGACCGCAAUCGGUAAAUACGUCGGUACUCCGGCAGAAUUUCGUCUAAACGACUCCGAAUUCAGACAUGGAAGGGCUGAUGACUUUCCAGAAAUUCCUGGAGAAGAUCAACGAAAUCCAAAUCUUCAGAGUAUUAGGAAAAUGUAUAAUCAACCCCGCGAUUCCGAUGGAAAUAUCACCCCCAUUUCGCGUCCUUCUCGAGCACCUAGCAUAGAUGGUAGUAUUAUCUCAGGGCUUGACAUUGAGUGUGGCACAGGGACUGCCGAACCCUCGUCACCUCGGUCGCCAACUUCCCAAUUCUCUCCUUCGCCAGCAAACGGUGAUAAGCCAAGGGCACGCCGAGAUACCCUCGAAGUUCCCUCACAGGUUCAUCACAAUCUUACACGAUAUGACACCUCAAGGUCUGAGGGUCAGACCUCGCCUCUCAUUGUAGUUUCGUCCGAAACUAUAGUUAUACCUUCUCUAAUACAUACACCUCCUCCGAAGUCUCCCGCACCACCUUGACCCCUUAAGCGAACCGAGGAAAUACACAAAUGAAAAUCUCGGACGCCUUCCA